AUGGAUGCUACCAACUCUCCCCCAUUUGGGCGAGCAAUUCGGGAGAAAUACUUCAUGUUCAAACCAGGUUUCAUCCAUUUGAACCAAGGCUCAUACGGCGGAUAUCCUCGUCCUGUGCGAGAUGCUCUACGCUCUGUCCAGGACGCUGUGCAGGCUGAGCCGGAUAGCUUUGUUCGAUACACAUACCCGGAAAAGCUUGAUGAAGUUCGUGGACUUGUUGCAAAUCUUGUUCAUGCUGCGAGCACGGAUGAAAUUGUGCUCGUUCCAAACGCAACACUGGCGCUGAAUACCGUGCUUCGCAACUUGAGGUAUGAGCCGGGAGACUUGAUUGCCUAUGUACAAGGGACUUACGGGGCAAUCGAGAAGACUGUGGAUCAUCUGGUGGAAAGUACACCUGUAGAGAGUGUUCGCGUCCCCUUUGAUCCUACUACGGAUGAUGACGAUACGCUUGUUGAAUCGUUUCGGUCUGUGUUGCAAGAACACCAAGGCCGCAUUCGGGUGGCCAUUUUCGAUACCGUCUUGAGCAUGCCAGGACUCAGGAUGCCAUUUGAACGCCUGACAGAAAUUUGUCGAGAGUUUGGUGUACUAAGUGUCAUCGAUGGAGCUCAUGGUAUCGGCAUGAUCGAUCUUGAUGUAGAGACGUUGGGUGCCGACUUUCUCACCUCCAACUGCCACAAAUGGCUCUUUGUACCACAUACGUGCGCCAUUUUAUACGUCGCAUCAAAGAACCAAAAGCUUAUGCGGACCUCUCUUCCAACGUCUCACGGCUUUCAACCGCUGCCGGAGAUUUUGCAAAAGAAAAACUACACGAGUCCAUACGAACUCCCAGCCUCGAAAAAUCCAUUCGUCUUUCAAUUCAGUUACACUGGGACAAUUGAUAACGGGCCUCCUUUAUGCAUUCCUGCAGCUAUGGAUUUUAGAAGGGACAUUUGCGGGGGGGAAGAAGCCAUUCAAGCGUAUUGCCGAGACUUGGCCCGAGAUGGCGAGAAAUUGGCGGUAGAGAUACUACAGACUCGAACAUUACCCAUGCCGGAGACGAAGCGAGUUGCUUUUGCCAACGUCCAGCUUCCUCUUAAUAUUUCCUCAUCUAGCACGGGAGAGAGUGAGGAUUCGAUCCCUUUGGAGGACGUUUCACAAGUCAUCAACUUCAUUCUGGAACAUCUUGCUCAAGACUACAAUACGUUUGUUAAUCUUGGAUUCAUUUCCGGGUCCUUGUGGGCAAGAUUCUCAGCUCAGGUGUAUCUUGAGCUCAAGGACUUUGAGUAUGGUGCUAAAGCGCUAAAGGAAUUGUGCGAGAGGGUUCUCAGGAGAGAGUAUAUAAAGGUAUAG